AUGAGUAUUGAUGUUGAUUACUUUUACUUAUUUCUAUUUGUAUUUAGGGAGUUCACAGUUUUCAAUAAUGAAAUAAAUUUCCUGUUGUGCUAUGGAGAACUUUUGUAUUAAUGGACCUAAAGUACUAUUUAUUGAACCAUUUUAUGGAGGUUCACACAAAGAACUUAUCGACACCCUAUCAGGAAGCUUAGAUGAAAGAGGAAUUAAAUAUACCCUGGUGACUUUAUCUGCAAGGAAAUGGCAUUGGAGGGCACGUUGCAGUGCUCUGAUAUUAUGUGAUAGAAUACCGAGAAUAUCGACACAGACAGUUCUUUUUUGUAGUUCAGUAUUAAACUUAGCAGAAUUAUUGGGACUUAGGCCGGACUUGUGCGGUUUAAAAAAGAUUGUAUACUUUCAUGAGAAUCAAUUAAUCUAUCCGGUGCAACAGAUCAAGGACCGAGACAUACAAUAUGCCUAUAAUGAAAUAACAACUAGAUCGUCGUUUUUGGAGAGCAUUAUUAAAAUAUUAAAAAUCUUUCCUGACAAUAAACCAAUGGGAAUUAGAGAACGCAUUGAAGGAAAAUCGGAAGUGUUAUAUUUUCCUGUAAAAUUUCCUUUAGAUAUUCAAAUGAACUUGACUAGUGAAUUGGAAGAAUCAAUUUUACACAUAGUCUGGCCGCACCGUUGGGAGUUUGAUAAGGGUCCUGAUGACUUCUUCAAUGUAAUGUUGAAGCUUAAGCAAAGCAAAUGCAAAUUCAAGUUAUCAGUUUUAGGACAAACAUAUACUGAUGUUUCAGAAAUAUUUAACAAGACCAGGGAAGAACUGAAUGAUAAUAUUGUUCAUUUUGGAUAUGUAGAGAGUAAAAGAAAAUAUCUUGAAGUGUUAAACUCAAGCCAUAUAGUUGUGUCUACUGCAAAACAUGAAUUUUUUGGGGUCUCCAUAAUGGAAGCAACAUACUGUGGUUGUUUGCCUCUAUUGCCCAGAGAUUUGGUUUAUCCGGAAAUUUAUCCAACUGAAUGUUUGUAUAAAGAUUUAGAAGAGCUGUAUUGCAUGUUGGAACAAUUUUGUUUGCACCCUAAAUCAGCAGUUGAUCUGAGGUCCAAACUUCGAUUUGACUUUGAAAAAUAUUCAUCAGAAGUUUUGCUACCAGAUUACGUUAAUAAAUUGGAAAUAAACGUUGAUUUACGAUAUAUCCAUACCGGUGUCGCCAGCGGCCUGCUGCUUUUAUAUCAAACACUUCUAUGCUGGGUUAUGGUCGUCGUGGCCGUUGGUGGAGGAGGCUUCAUCAAGCCGCGGGCGGGGGUGCUGCUGGGUAGGCUGAGGGUUCUCAGCAAGGUGUUCCUGAAGUCUUCGGAGAACAGGCAGUAA